CCAAGACACCCUUGCGACGAAUGGGAUGAUGGCGUUUCUCUUCAUUCUCAUUUUUUUGUCUACAUCUGCUCGUCUUAACGAUACAAUUGCUUUUCAACUUUGUCUGCUACCAAGAAAAUCAACAAAAUAAUUUAAAAUGGAAGUUUAUCCUUCUCAACCACCCCCAAUCAACUCUGAUGGGAAAACCCCGCAUGUGAUUAUUGUAGGUGCAGGUCUUGCAGGCUUGUUCUUGGCCAUUCUCCUCGACCGUCAGGGCGUCCCUUAUGAUAUCUAUGAGCGGAGCAAAGAAGUUAAACCUCUUGGUGCCCUCAUGAGCCUGAAUGCCAAUAUCCUACCCGUGUUUGAGCAAUUGGGCAUUCUUGAUGAGCUUCUUCAGGUCUCAUUUCCAAGUGCGGGGUUUUUCAUCACUAAGAGUAACCUCAAGCCAAUUGCAUCGUUAAUGAUUAGCAAUCAAGAAAAGCUAUUUGGUUACCGAUAUCUCCUCUUUGCUCGCCCCAAGCUGCAUGACAUCCUACUGUCGCGCGUGCCUCCAGAGCGAAUCCAUAUGAACAAAAAGGUCAUGUCAAUUGCACAAAAUAGUAGACAAGGUGUAAUGAUCCGUUGCAGCGAUAAUACAACCUAUCAUGGUGAUAUUCUUGUUGGAGCGGACGGUGCCUAUUCGGGCGUACGUCAAAGUCUUUAUAAGAUGAUGCAUUCAGAAGGCAUUUUACAAGAUUCGGACACAAAAUCUCUAAGUAUGAACUUCACAUGCCUAGUCGGUACUACCGAUUCUCUUGACCCUGAAAAAUAUCCAAUCUUGAAGGAAAAAGAAGCAAAGUUGCACCAAGUCAUCGGCAAUGGGACGCAAUAUACAUGGAGUGCCGUUAAUGUCCCAGAACAUCGUAUUUGUUGGAAUGUUGUCUCUCAAUUCCCUUCUGCGGUUGAAGCUGAGGACGAGAGGUUCCGUAAUUCAGAAUGGGGGCCAGCAGCUAGUGAAACGAUGACCAGUGAAGUCAGGGACUUUUUGCUUCCUAUCGGAGGCACUAUUGGCGAUCUCAUCGAUGCAACGCCCAAAGAAUCAAUCUCGCGUGUUUUUCUCGAGGAUAAAAUCUUCGAAACCUGGUACCACAUGCGGACCGUCCUUAUCGGAGAUGCAUGCCAUAAGCUUCUUCCUAGUGCCGGACAAGGUGCAGUUAACGCAUUUCAGGAUGCAGUUAUUCUUGCCAAUUGUAUCUAUGAUUUAAAAUCCUUGGCCCAAGAAGAUAUUAUAGCGACAUUCAAAGAUUAUCGCGAUCAACGUUACCCUCAUGUCAUUGAGCAAUACGAAGCUAGCAAAAUGAAUGCCAAAAUUAUCUAUGGACAGAAAUUGUCGGAGCGUGUUAUUCGUAAUAUUGUACUUAACUAUAUGCCCAAGUCUGUUCAGGUUAAGAAUGCGGCCAAAAACAUGGCAUACAGGCCACAGGCCACAUUUCUUCCACUGCCGCCGAAACGAGGAAUCAGUCCAGUCCUCCCACAGAAACCUUCAAGGCGAUAUAUGGAGGAACAAGCAAAGCUAAAGCAGACCCAGGUCAAGUAGAUUGAAAGUACAUCAUUAGGAUAGGAUAUGAAUACAACUUCUGUAUCGCAC